AUGAGGUUUAAAGAAGAAGCCGUGAACGGGGCGUAACUUUUGCCUUACAUAUCGAUGGGCGUAACCAGAUUGUUAAUGAUCGGAUUGGUGACCGUGGAUCAGUGUACAGUGACAGGCGUUAGUAACAUGACAUUGGCUGUGUUCUAGUCAUCCCUGCGUCGGCUCUUUUUUUAACAUCGAGCCCCUUAAGGAUUUGCUGCAACAAACCGUUGAAGUCCCAUUGAACAUUGGCGCUUGUGAUGAACCUAUCACUCACACAACUUCGGGGACCAGAGAGUAGAUGAAGACUGUGGCAGUAUUAGGGGGGGGCAUUGGUGGCCUGGCAACAGCCUACUAUCUUUCCAAGAGUCCCCAAGUGGCCAAGGUGAUUCUCUUGGAGUCGAGCGGUCGUUACGGGGGCUGGCUGUGGUCCACCCAGCGGUCGGACGGGGCCGUGUUUGAACACGGGCCCAGAGGCAUACGGCCGGCGGGAGCGGUCGGGUUGAACACACUCAACCUGGUGCAGGACAUCGGCCUGGAGAAUGAAAUCCUCCCCGUCCCCUACAGUCACAACGCCUCCAAGAACAGAUACCUCUACGUGAAUGAGAAACUACACAAGAUGCCCUCAGGACUAUGGGGAGCGCUCCAGACAGUCUCUCCCUUCUCUCGACCGAUCAUCCACAGCAUCGCUAAGGAGAUCCUGGUGAAGAAAGGCAAGGAGGACGAUGAGUCCAUCCACUCGUUUGUAUCUAGGAGACUAGGAAAGGAGCUGGCGGACAUAGCCAUAGACAGCCUGUGUCGCGGCGUGUUUGCGGGGGACUGCAGGCGGCUGAGCGUGCGGUCGUGUUUCCCCCCGCUGUACCGGGCCGAGCAGAGCCGGGGCUCCAUCGUGCUGGGGAUGCUGCUGGGAUCAGGCCAGGACCAGGCGGUCCGUCCUGGUGCUCUGGCCAAGAGGUCCCAGGAGGAGUCGUGGGCCCAGUGGUCCUUGCUCAGGGGCAUGGGCAGCCUCCCAGAGGGGCUCGCUGAUUGGCUGCAGCAAAGCGGGAAGGCCCAACUCUGCAGCGAGGCUGCGGUUAAGGAGAUGCACCUCUCCUCGUCAGGCUGGGAGAUCCAGACGGAUGGCGGGACCAUAUCGGCUGACCACGUCAUCUCUGCCUUGCCAGCUGACGCCCUGGCCUCAGCCCUGCCUCCAGCUCUGGCGCCGCUCAGCAAACAGGCCCAGGAGAUCUCGUACGUGACGGUCGCCGUCGUGAACCUGGAGUACCAGGGCGCUAUCCUUCCUGUGGAGGGCUUUGGUCACCUGAUUCCAUCCACGGAGAAUAAAGGCGUAUUAGGAGUGGUCUACGACUCUGUGCCUUUCCCUCAACACAACAGCCCCAAAGGAGUCACCACUCGAUUAACGGUGAUGAUGGGCGGGGCCUGGUUCCAGGAAGUGUUUGGAUCACCUGACACUGUGUCCGAGGAGAGUCUCUUGGCAGUGGCGACCCAGGCGGUCCGUGCCCACCUGGGGGCGGGGUACCCCCCCAGCUGGAGCAAGGUGGCCCUGCAGAAGAACUGCAUUCCUCAGUAUUACCUUGGGCAUUGGAAACGUGUCGAGAGUAUGCGUCGGUACGUGGCAGAGAAGAACCUUCCUCUGUCUCUCGUGGGAUCCUCCUACGACGGGGUCUCUGUUAAUGAUGUCAUCAACAGUGGACGCGUAGCCGUGGAGCAGCUUCUGGGACCCACACCUUGACUUGAAGAAUCAUUUUGGAGAGUUGUAUAUUUUCAGUUCAUUCGGAUUUCUUUUUAUUUUGGUUUGGAAAAUUAUUUCUUUAUCUUUGCAGUGUAAUCGUAUGUGAAAUAUUGGCAAUAAAGAUGACAAAACACAUUUCAUAUUAUUAAACACUA